GGCGCGCUUUCGCUCCCCUCACGGCGCGUCUCUCUCCUUGCCGUCCCCGCUCCGCGAUGCCUUCCUCCGAGGUCGCCCCGCAGCCAUCCCCCAGCAAGAGGCAGAAGGGCUCGGUGCCCGAGGAGCCCGCCGCACGGCUCCGCUUCACCAGGCUGUCCGAGAACGCCUCCGCCCCCUCCAGGGGCUCCGCUCGGGCCGCGGGCUACGAUCUGUACAGUGCCUAUGACUGUGUGAUACCACCCAUGGAAAAGGCUGUAGUGAAAACAGAUAUUCAAAUUGCACUUCCUUCUGGAUGCUAUGGCCGAGUAGCACCGCGUUCUGGUUUAGCUGCAAAGCACUUCAUAGAUGUUGGUGCUGGUGUUAUUGAUGAAGAUUACAGGGGAAAUGUUGGUGUGGUACUCUUCAACUUUGGGAAAGAGAAUUUUGAAGUUAAAAAGGGGGAUAGAAUUGCUCAGCUCAUCUGUGAACGCAUUUGCUAUCCUGAGCUAGAAGAAGUUCAAACUCUAGAUGAUACGGAGCGUGGCGAAAAUGGCUUUGGCUCUACUGGAAAGAACUGA